CCUUUGAAAACCCGCAAAAUCCACGUAAAACCGCGCACUCGUGACUCGUCCACCACCUUUACGAAUCUUUGAUACGUUGGUUCUAUUGAAUAAUAGACGUUGGCACAGAAAGGAUAAGUAUGGCAUGUCGGCUUAUUGUGUUUCUACGCAGGCCAGGCCAACAAAAGAUUAGCUCUGCAGCAAGCAUUCACCGGCUAAGUCCGAUAUGAAUACCGAGGUGUGUUUUGUACCAUAUAAAGCAUGGUCGUGUGACUGUCACCGACUCUCGUCUGUAUCUGGAGCUGUACUGUAAGUCACACAACACAGAAUUUCCCUUCCGGAUACAGGUACAUGUUACGAUUACCACGUGCUUGGAUUUCAGGUAAACCGCAGGAGGUAUAUGUGAUGUUCUCGUAGGCAUACUGCAUUGGACUACAGAGAUUUUAAGUGCCAAGAUGACCUUCUGGUAUUUGAACCUCGUCACAGUCGAACCUGUGCUCUUUCUCUUCACCAUGUCUCUCUUCAUGCAAUACCCGGUCACCCAGCUGCUUGUGCUCCACAAGGUUUGCCUGUCAAUACACAACAGUACCGCAGUAUGUGCCAACAUCAGCGAAGAUGCAGACGAAGAGAAUGAGGUGCAGUCUACGGCGGCUCAUUGGAACCUGUACCUGACAAUAGCCAUCAACCUCCCAGGCGCACUCAUGUCGGUUAUUUACGGUGCCAUCAGCGACCAAGUCGGCCGGAGGGGCGUCAUGGUCCUGCCCUCUGUUGGACUAAUUCUAGGUUCAGUGGGCUUCUUCCUGCAGUCCCACUUCAUCCACGCUCACGUGGCUUAUCUCCUACCCAGUGCCUUGAUCAUUGGCGUCUUUGGUAAUGUCGGAGCUUCGUACAUAGCGCUGAUGAGCCACAUAUGCGACAUCACCGAGGUGUCGAGUCGCACUAAACGACUUGGAAUCAUGGAAUCCAUGAGUUUCAUCGGGGGACCCAUCGGCAUGAUGGCGGCGGGGGCUAUGGUGCAGCAUCACGGCUUUGAAGUCGUAUACUUGCUCAUUAUCGCAUUGAAUUCAGUCAUCGUCCUCUAUAUUGCACUCAGACUUGAAGAGCCAUCGAAGAGGUCAGUGAAAUCCGAUAAAAAAUUGAGGAGUAUAUCACAUGUAUGGCUGCGCAGAAUGUGUCGCCAUGUUUCCAGCAGCCUACUUCGAACGUUGAGAGUCUACUUCAUUAAGCGAGAAGAUAAAAGGAGACGGUACCUGUUGAUCAUCCAACUGAUUGGUAUACUGGGCAUUGUUGCAUUUGCAGGGGAGUUGGACCUGUUUAUCUUGUACACCAAACAUUCUCCUCUGACCUGGUCAGCUAGUACCAUCGGGAUCUAUCUCUCUGUCAGGACUCUUCUAAAGGGGGUGCCUCUGGCCAUCGGUCUGCCGAUACUUUUCGGGUACUUCCGACACCGCUCGGUGAGGUUCGACCUGGUCCUGGCCAUGUUGGGUCUGGUUUCCGUCGCUGCGUCCAUGAUUCUCGUGGCUUUCUCGCAUAGUAUGUUCAUGAUGGCGCUAGUGGCUGGUAUAGGCUGCCUGUCUGGAUACCCAGGAGCGAUCAUGGGAUCGAUCAAGUCCAAACUCGUCCAACCCGACGAAUUCGGUGCUCUGUUUGCGUGCACCGUCCUGAUUCAAACCGCAUUCGUCGCCGCUGGCUCCCUUCUGUUCAACACCUUGUACUCAGCAACACUGCGUGUUUGGCCUGGACUCUCAUUCAUAGGAAUCGGUGCUAUUUACAUGGUUAAUCUAGUCCUUGUUAUUUACCUGUGGCUUGACAUGGCAGAUGUAAAACUGAAUGAGAACCACACACCGGCCGAAGAUCGGGAGUUUGCUGUGAAACUUCUGAGCGAAACUGAAGAUUCCGAAAUGGACGAUGCGGUUGUGUAGUGAUUAAUAUGCUGGCAUAAGUACUUUAGAAUGCACCGAAUAGGGUCAAGAGCCACUUUUGAAUCCCCUUUUAAGCCGUCGGUGCAGUUUUCACCGGACAAAAGGAAUCAUUUUGGGGGUUUGCAUCGAGAAAAUUUUCCAUGACUUAGCAGCACUACAAGACCGCCAGAGCUAGCGAUUAAACUGGAUAUAACGGCAUCAUCGUCGAUUCCUGUCGUUGGAAAUGGUUGCCAGGUGUCGACAAGUGUCUCAGGUUGUAUGUAUCUAGUACGACAAGUUUCACUGAUGAAUUGGCAGUAUUGAGAGAAGGAAGGGAAUACAGCUAAAGAUCGAGACAGUAUCAUCAUUACGAGCUAUAGUGGUGGACUAUAUGUGAAAUACUAGUAACGGUGAAUUCGCAGUCCUGUUAAACACAAUUUAGUGUCGUAUGGGUAGAGCCGUUCAGACAUUUGUGAUCAGUGUGAUUCUAGUUCAGUCACGUCCUCUGAAUAAGGACAGGGACCAGUCCAAAGAUCGUAUAGCGCCGCGUGGGCGCAUAGCGAUCUUUGGACCAGUCCAUUAUCGGGCACCCAUUAUCGGAAACCCAACAGCAAUCGUGAGCGAACAGCCAGCAUUUUGUUCGAAUUUCAACCGGUUCAUUUUUUUAUUUAGUCUGUUAAGCAAAACUUUACGCUCUGCUGACAUUUUUCCUGAAUUCUCACUGAAAAAGCUUUGAAUCGCACAAAGCUGCAGAAAGAAAAACGCCGAAGUGACGAUCGAUCAUCUACAAUAAAUUAACGUCAGUGCAAUUUCGUUCAAGAGUUUCACGAUGAGAUAGAUGCGUGAAUACUUGUAUGCAUGAAUUUAGGGUACUAAACGGUACGUGUAGUAAUAUGCAUUUGUCGACUAUAAACAGGUGGGAGCUUAUCAAAAGGGAAAAUGCUCUAAUUUGUAUAGUUACGCAAAUUUUAUAUUGUUAUUUUCAAGUAAUCAAAUUAUGGUUUCUUUUCUGUGAAAUUCAAGACUUUCUUCGACGAGACCUGUAUCAGUAGUAACAUGAAGGGCCAUGCUGUGUUAUUUUUGUAACUUCGUUUGAAUGCACCAUGUGUUCUAUUCAACAUUAUUUUCAAUUUUUAUUUAUGGGCGUGUUGGUGCCACUUCGCUUUUUAUGCUGAUGCAAAUUUGCAUAUUCACGAAGACAGGUGUAGUGACAUUCCUGAGGAACUUCAUUGUCGCAUUCAGAGUCAAAAUUUACCAUUCUUUCGACUAUUUUGUUUCUUGAUUUUCAGUUUUUUCUUUCGUGAUUCUUUGUUAUUUCUCUGGAUAGGAGUAGGCAAGUAUGAAAAGUUUUCUCACAAAUAUGAACACAUUUUGGUUUAGGUUUCCAAUUUAGAAAAAAUACCAAUAAAAAUGAACAGACUUUUCCUUCAAUGAAAUCGCUGACUAUUAUUUUGUCAGGUAAAGCUUGGACAGUUUACUAAGCGGUCUUUUCAAAAAGGUUAUCCUCAAACACCGCAGAUGCCAAGGGUGUAGAAAGUUGUGCAAAAUAGGUUUCCUAGUAACAUUCAUGAUUGGUGGCUUCUGUUGUCACACUGGUGCAAAUACCGACUAGACGGGAAAGGUACAAAGUUUGGUUAUGCCUAACAGAUUUUAAAUAUUUGCGAUUUUAAACAUUUCCCAUCACAGGGGAUUAAAACCAGAGGAAACGUUUUGGAUUUGAUUCUUCGAAUCUUUUUAAUGAUUUUUACUGUUAAAUGGGAUGGCCACUAUUUUAGGAUUUCCGUGUUCCAAGUCUAGCUCCUUUACCUUGUUUUUUUUUUCAAAAUCUGGCGUAAAAUACUAAAGGUACGCUUUAUCACAGAUUUGAAAUUAUUCAUCAGAGUAACCGGUAUUAAUUUUGCCUGCAGAAAAUUUAAUUCUUUGGUUGUUGCUAUAGGCCUAAGUUCCAAAAAUGAAAACAGGGUCUUAAAGACCUUCGUACUAAUGAUGUCACACUUUGCGUGGAAGCUAAGCUUCCUAUGAAGUUACAUACAUGCACAUGUACAUGUAUUGAAAGAUUACACGUAAACAAAGUGUAAAGUCAUCACGGGUUCGUCGGUGUGACGUCACUUCAGUUUAACUCAUGCCCAGGCCCAAUGCAUCAAUAUAACCACUUCGAUUAUCGAUCCACCCGUUCGUUGGAGUUGGUGGCAGCAAAACGUAUGCGAAACCGUUUACACGGUAGUGCCGCUCGCUGCCAAUUUCCCGAGGCGUAGCUUUAAAAUGCAUGGAAUAAAAUUGGGAAAUUCAGCAAAAUCAAAACUUUUCCCUAUCUAGAACAGGAAUCCAGAGCUGCGCUCUUGUACUUUGUCAGGACAAAAGUUUCGGAUGUUGCCAUGAGCUCGGUACGAAAGCCUCGGAUGUUUUCAGAGCACUGUAGGUGUAACUCUCGGGAUGGCAGCUGUCACACCGAGCACUAUGAGCCAUAUCAAGGUCUGGUUUUUAAGCCCAUGGAGUCUGGAAAAGCCUCAGCACAUCAAUGCUCACCGGGAUAUUUUGAGUUGGCGGGUCCUUGACUUCAAUUUCACGGAUUCCUCGUUCCUCAUUGAGACUGCAGCUGCAAUGACUCUCACAUAUAACACCGGCAACAGUGGGAAUCAACAAAUUCCGAGGCUUGUAAAAGGCUAUACUUCCAAACAUAUGCAGCAAGGUAUGAGACGGAGAGAACCCCCCCCU